GAGAAAUGAAAUUCACUCCAAUUAAGUUUGUUCUGUUUGCUCUAGCUACAGUGGUCUUUCAGACAUCGAAUACUAUGUGCCUAGAUGAGCUGAUGAAGCCCAGUCUGCAGAGCACAGAAGAUGAUGCUGAUAAGUAUUACAAGAUUAAAGAUAUGUUGGAAGAAAAGCAGAGGAGUCUCAAUUUUGAAGAAAUGAAAGACUGGGGAUCAAAAAAUAUCCUUAAAAUGAACCCCUCUACCAUAAACAAGAUGCCAAAUUCAGCCGCUAACUUACCUCUUAGGUUUGGAAGAGGUUAUCCAGAAGAAAGAAGCAUUAAACCAAUUGCUAAUUUGCCUCUGAGAUUUGGGAGAGCUUUUGGAGAUAACAUACGUAGGCGUGCUCCAAAGGUAUCACACAGGCCUGGGAGGUCUCCACUUGUUAAAAGUUCCAGUCAGUCACUUCUAAAUUUUCCACAGAGAUUUGGGAAGUCACUGUCUGUCAAUCUGCCUCAAGAAGUUCAGGAAUCUGAACCAGGGAUAUGAAUUCUAACAAUUACAGUAAUACUGGAAUGAAAUAAUGAAGACAGAAUCUGAAGGACUCUGAAAAUCUGCAAUGUGUUUUCAAAACUAAAGGUCAUGAAAAGGAAACCUGUGAGAACUGAAAUGAAAAUCUGAUUUCAUGUUAUGAAUAAUUCUGUACAAACCCUUGAUGUAUAAGGCAAUGACAAUUGUAGCGACUGUUGUAGCAGUUCAGUUCAGUGGCAGUGUAGUAUAAAUUCUGUUUACUUCUGUGCGACUUUUGUCCUGUUGGUCGUAAAACCUAAUUUCAGAACAAUGGCUGUAUAACUGAAAGCAUUUUAAGCAAAAUUAAAAGAAGCAUAGUAUGAAUAAAGCAGCAUGGUACAAAUGAA